AUUGGCAGCAUCAUUUAAUUUAACAUGACGGCAUGGUUCCGGCGCCUGCUCAUUGUCCGUAUCGCAGCUGCAAGGCGGCCAGGGCGACGGCACACAAACAACAAAACAAGGUCGCUAUAUUUUGAAGCUUGCAGAGCCUAAUAGUCUUUGCUGUUGCGGGUCAAGGCGUGCGAUGCAGGGAAGAAGAUGGUUCCAACGACAGCAGCCCUACAUGGGUGGCCGACUUCGGGUGUCUAAACGGCCCUGCUCCGCGCCCCGCUAAAUUUACAAAACUGCUGGUGCUUGGGUUCGCACAAAUCAUAGAGUCAUAGAGCAGUUGCUCUCUACCUCAAUUGCACGUUUUCCUCUCACUGGCCAGGUCCGAUCAGCAUCCGCAAGCUGCUUUCCUAUCCCUCGCACCACCGCCACCAUGUCUACAUUCGGCACACAUUUCAGGGUCACCACCUAUGGCGAGUCCCACUGCCUCUCUGUCGGCGCCAUAAUCGACGGAUGCCCGCCUGGCAUGGCCCUCACCGAGGCGGACAUUCAGCCGCAGAUGACGCGCCGCCGCCCCGGCCAGUCUGCUAUCACGACUCCGCGCAACGAAAAGGACCGCGUGGAGAUUCAGUCGGGCACAGAGUUUGGCAUCACAUUGGGCACACCGAUUGGCAUAAGGGUCAUGAAUGAGAACCAGCGCAAGCAGGACUACGGCAACCAGACCAUGGACAAGUACCCACGGCCGAGUCAUGCCGACUGGACAUACCUGGAAAAGUACGGGGUCAAGGCUAGCUCAGGCGGUGGGCGGAGCAGCGCUCGUGAGACGAUUGGGCGAGUGGCCGCUGGCGCAAUCGCCGAAAAGUACCUCCGUGAAGCCUUCGGCAUCGAGAUUGUCGCAUUCACAAACUCGAUUGGAAACGAGUUCCUCUUCCCUCCCACGGCCGAACACCCCACGGCGUCGACCAACUCAGAGUACCUCAAGCUGAUCGAUGGCAUUACGCGCGAAAAGGUGGACGAGUACCUGCCGGUACGGUGUCCGAGCGACGAGGUCAGCAGGCGCAUGGAGGAUUUGGUUGCAAAGUACAGAGACGCGCAGGACAGCAUUGGCGGCACCGUGACAUGUGUCAUUAGGAACUGCCCGACAGGGUUGGGGGAGCCAUGCUUCGACAAGCUCGAGGCAAAGCUGGCACACGCUAUGCUGUCGAUUCCAGCAACAAAGGGAUUUGAGAUUGGCUCUGGCUUUGGCGGCGCACAAGUGCCUGGCUCCAUCCACAACGACCCGUUUAUCAAAGCCCCGGCAGUUCCAGCAGGCGAGAACCCGUCUGCCAAGGCGUUCCGGUCCAAGCCCAAGCUAACCACCAAGACGAACAACUCGGGCGGUAUCCAGGGCGGCAUCACCAACGGGGCGCCCAUCUACUUCAACGUGGCAUUCAAGCCAGCGGCCACGAUUGGGCAGGCGCAGUCGACGGUCACAUACGACCAGGAGGAUGGUGUGCUCGAGGCCAAGGGCCGACACGACCCCUGCGUGGUGCCGCGCGCUGUGCCGAUUGUCGAAUCCAUGGCGGCGCUGGUCAUCAUGGACGCCGUGCUGGCUCAACAGGCCAGGCAGGGCGCGCGGAGCCUGCUGCCGGCGAUCAAGGGCGUGCAGCCGGUGCAGGGAGCUGGGUGUGCGUAGACGGAAGAGGCAGGGUGGGUCGCAUGGAAAUGGGAGUUUGGGUGUUGCUCUGGGUCUGGGGCUGAGGACGUUUUUAGCCUGUGACGAAUAGAAGGCAUGUAUUAGACUUUGCGUGGCUGUGGAUAGCCUCAGGGCGUGCAUGCCCCUUGGUUGCGGCCAUGUCGCCCGGCGAACACGAUCGGGGUCGCUGCAUGAAGACGAAGGUGACAGAUCCAGCGUCGUGGUACUGACCAGGCCGCAUGGGGAGAUGGGCCGUGGGCGGGCGAGGGACGUGGUGGGCGUGUUGGAGUGCUAAGGACGAGGCACCAGCACCGCGUAUGUGUAUGUACACCUACACCUACACCUAGGCGUACCCCAUGGCAUACCCCGACGUGCUGGGCGGGACAGGCGAGCAUUACACGCGCAGGCGCAGGGCGGCAGCGAUCAGCUA